ACCCUGGAUCAACCUAGAGAAACAUCGAGAGGUGAAGCCUGCAUAGCAACUGUGAAGUACGAUUUUCAAUUGGCGCAUUAAUCGAAGUGGGUGCGGCUUCACUACAUAUCACGAAUAAUAUAUAUUUUGCUUUCUUCAGACACCGCCUGGAAAGUCUGUUUUGUUUGUCGCAGUUUUAUAUUUUUUUCAGCCUUGGAAAGAAAUCAUGAAAACUGUUUUGUCCGUGAUCGCUUUCUGCGUCUUCCUGGGGUUCAUAAACGCAAAAGAAUCUCCCCCCAAGGUGCAGGUGUACAGCCGUAACCCAGGGCAACAUGGGAAAGACAACACCCUGAUCUGUCACGUGAGUGGCUUCCACCCCCCUGACAUCAGCAUCCAGCUCCUGAAGAACGGCGUGGAGAUCCCCGACGCCAAGCAGACAGACCUGGCCUUCGAACAGGGAUGGCAGUUCCACCUCACCAAGAGUGUUGGAUUCACACCAGCCAGCGGAGAGGAGUACACCUGCAGAGUCCGCCACCUGAAGAAUCUGAAGACCUACACCUGGGAGGCAGAUAUGUAAGGAUCUGGAGCAGGACAUAAUGGGGGCCAUUCCAUCCGUGACCAGCCCUACACUAGAGCUGAGAUGACUGUAAUUUCCCCUCUCAACAUGGGCUUUUUCAUUUUCAUUUUUGAUAACACUUUGUGCCAAGGUGCCAGUUUCAAGGGUUUCGAGUUUUAGAGAAUCAUUACUAAAUACUUAAAUGAUUACAGAUGUGUGGGUGACCUCUUCUAGAAAAGCUGUCUGUAUUUCUGGCUGAGAAUUCAAUGUGUGGGUGACCUCUUCUAGAAAAGCUGUCUGUAUUUCUGGCUGAGAAUUCAAUGUCUUCUUUAAAAACAAUAAUUAAUGAUUGAUCAAGUAUUUUCAAUAUAUAUUUUUUUAGAUGUGUGGGGACUUUAAUAUCCUUAAGUGUGAGCACUAUUUUUUUUAACAUAAUUUUAAACACCACAUGUUGAUGUGGUUUUAGUUACAAGCACAAAUCGUCAACAAUGUAAAAUUUGAUUAAAAAUAUAUUUAAAAGCCCAAAUAAUUUGCAGAACAUCCGUUGUUGUAUUUACUUGUAAAAAGAAGUGUCCUUUUUGCUUUGGA